UUCAGGGGCUGUCCAUUUCGUGACCAGAUCGCCGAGAAAUCCGGUUUCGGUAUCGCAGACUUGCUCCACUUGUAGCGGGAUACUGGGCGGACUGGGUGUUUUCGGUUGCUUGGGUGCUAGUUCUCGGAUUUGGGGGUAAUGGACGACAACAGGGGCCAGCGGAGGCAGAACGAACCGCCCAUCUAUCCCGCUUCCAGUUCACGGCACAACCCAUCGCUCCAUGAGCACCCGCAGCCACGGCGGCCCUUUUCGGGGGCCCAGGGUGAUAGGUUCAGAACGGGCCCCCUCGGCACAUCACCGUCAGGGCCAUCUCGGGGGAUAGGCGGUUCGACCGGCUACAGCGGAUACUAUCAAGAUGCGUCGACGACGGGCUUCCCGGCAGCGGCGAUGCCUCAGAGCGGAAUGAGCUACCACCAGUCGACAACCGACUACGGGCAGCCGGAUUCGCGGCAGAGCCAAAGUUUUGGCGGCACGUACACGCCGGGAAUGAUGUACAACGUGCAGCAAACGGGAGGGCCACAGGCCACUGCCGUGUACGAUGCGGGUCAACAGUUUUCCUCACGGCAGGCUGCAGGACUCCCGAUGAUGGCGACGGAUGUCACGGGCGCCUACUUUCCAAACGAGCCAACCAACGCCGCGGCCACAUCCAGCCUGCAGGCGCAGACGGGGUCUUCGAGCACGCCCCAGGUAUAUCAGCAGCCGGGCAUGCACGGCUAUUCCACCGGCAGCAUAGCUACGAUUGGAGGGAUGGCCGCGCAAACGACUCCUACUACCGACGUGAGAAUGGAGGAGGAAUACGCUGCCGGUUCGGCUCCCGAGGUGUCGUAUGCCCAUUACCAGACGGCGCUGAAGGAAAUCUUUCGGAACAUACAAAGCGGCGUUCUCGCGCCGGCCAGCGAGACGCUCCUUCAGAUUUCCCAGUGGCUCUUGACACAUGUGGUGGAAUUGGGUCUCACUUCUGACGACCAGAAUCUGCACAGCGAAAGGAUCAAAAUGUGGAACGACUUCAACCAUGCCUGGCUGGCCAUGUUCCAGCGCCAGAAGGAGAUGAUGGAGUCGGAGCAGCAACCGCAGCGACCACAAAGCCUGGUCACUGCGGAGGGCCUCCGGAAGAUGGGGAAGGAGCUGGUUAAGCACUGUGACAGCAUCGAGAGACACGGCCUGGUCGACUACCAAUACGGGGUCUGGGAAGAGCGGAUCAUCGAGAUCCUGGAGGAAUGUUUGGAUCUCUAUGAAUCUACCAACACAUCCGGUAGCGGCGGCGAGGGGAGCUCCGAUAACCGUCGUCGCUGAUGCGCGCGAGGCACACACAAUGGGACUGUAUAAUCUAGCCAGUCCUCUUUGGCUUGCCCGACGUUCCAGUUUAACCUGAGACCCGUGUAUCCCCUUUUUUUCGGUUUGUUUUCGCUCAUUCACAUUCUUGUUUCCACAACCUGUCAACAACAUGUCAUGGAUUAUAUGCUCCAAUACGGAGUCGGACCGCUGCCUUCGUGCCUCGUCGAGGUCCUUGGAUUUGGAGUUGGCCGAGGUGUUUUUGGUGUAAGACAUCACACAGGGGGGUGGGGGGGU